AUACGGUCUUACACCUCUCAACAAACAAAAAAAACAAACCAAUUUUUUUUUCUAACUCCCAAAAAACUGAUAACCAAAAAUAUAAUGCCAGAAAGACACUUCUCUGGAAAAUACAAGCUAACCAAGCUUCUAAACAAUGGCACCUACGCUAAAGUCUACCAAGCCAAAGACACUCGAACCGGCGACACGGUGGCGAUAAAGUCAUUCGACUCGCCGCACAACCUUGACGUGGUGGAGAUACAGGCGAUGAGCCGUUUAAACCACCGCCACGUCACUAAGCUUGUCGAAGUCAUAGCUGCAGCUAGUACAGGCCAAGUCUUUGUCGUAACAGAUUUCGCAAGAUGCGGCGACUUGUUCGACAUGAUCGCGAAACGCGCCCCAUUAGGGGAAGAUCUCACGCGCCACUACUUCCAGCAGUUGAUCUCCGCCGUCAACCACUGCCACUCCCGCGGUGUUUUCCACCGCGAUAUUAAACCGGAGAACCUCCUCCUCGACGCUAAAUGGAGUCUUAAGCUUUCUGAUUUCGGACUUGCCGCAAUCGUCGAUUCCGGCGGCCCGAUGGUGACGGAAUCGUGUGGGACUGUAGAGUAUGCGGCGCCGGAGGUGAUUAUGGCGGAAAGAGGUGGUGGUGGGUAUGAUGCGGCGAAGGCGGAUGUUUGGUCAUGCGGUGUCGUUUUGUAUGUGCUAUGUGCUGGGUUUUUACCCUUUAAUGGUGAAAACGUUGAUUUAGAGGAGAUGGUGGGGAAGAUGAAGAGAGGGGAGUUUAGAUUGCUUAAGAAAAUGUCUACGGGUUUAAAGUGGUUGUUGUUGAGAUUAUUGGAUCCGAACCCGGAAACCCGGAUUAGUGUUGAUGAGAUUAUUCAAGAUGGGUGGUUUCGACAGGGGUAUGAAGAAGUAAUUAGUGAUGAAGAAGAUUGUUGAGAUGAUUAAUGGACUUUUUUUUUUUUUGAUCUAAAUGUAAAAUGUGUGAAAUUUUUCUUAUGACUUUGGGGGGUUUAUUGCUGAAAGGUUGUAAAUUUUGGGGGUUUAUUUUAAAAUUUUAGUAGAAAGAAUCUGUAUCUAAUGUUUUGUUAAUAAAUAAUUAACAUAGUAGCAAUUAAUGGAGAAAUAUAAAUACAAUGGACAUUAUGAAUCUUAUACUA